CCGUAUCUUUUAAAGUAAUUUAUUGUAGAUAAUAAAUUAAUAGUUACACUGCAGGAAAAAAAUAAUUUUUUAUUUAGUAGUAAAGAUUCGUGGGUAGAAAAAGUUAAGGAGCAUCACAAUCGCUGCUGCUGAAUGUCAAAAUUUAUAAAAAAAAAAUAAUAAUGAAGUGGAAUUAUAUUUUUGCUUCAUGUUUUAUUGCAGCUCUGCUGCUAGAUCAGAGCUCCGCGGGUCGACCCAGUUCUAGAUCAAGAUCAGCAACAAGAUCUCCAGCUCGUUCAUCUUAUGGUCGUUCAGGAUCUGCAGGCAAUUAUCGUCCACCAAGUACUCAGGUCACGCAUUAUGACCCUGCUAACUCUCACUUUACAAGAACACGAUCACCAUCACCAGGACCAUCAACAUCAUCAGCUGGAUCUUCAAGACGACCAUCUCACCUUCCACUUUCUCAUUCAUCAUCAACAUCAUCUGGAUACUUUUCAUCAAAUUCUCUUCAUUCAUCCCAUCAUCCUUCACCUUCCGGAGCUCCGUCACCUUUUCCAUCUCCAGUUAAUCCAUUCCAAAGGCUACAAUACAGCAGUAAUAGACAUAUUUUACCACCCAGACCAUCUACUAGUCAACACCACUCACCACCUACUUCUGGACAUAGUUCACGUUCUAGUUCUCCCUCGAGAUUUCCAUCACCUAAUCCACUUCCAGCUCCCACACCGUCACCGAAAAGUUUCGCCGCUCAAAGUUUCGAUCCACGAACUAGAUAUGACAUGAGACAACUUCUCCAGAAUGAUGCCGUAGCAAUUCCAACAAACCAUGUUUCAGGAAUAGUUAGAAGAAGACAAAUACCUGAUUUCCAUACUUCGAAUGAUCUUGCGUCGUUGCCAGUUCAGCCAGCUGCUAUUAAAGAUUUCGUUGCUGCACAUAAAAAAGCUAUUUCAUCUGACAGAAGUCUUACGCGCAAUGAGAAGAAACAGAAACUACAGCAAGUUAAAGAUCUACAUCUAAAAAUGAAAACUCGACCUCCUACUCAGUCUUCUAAUAAUCAACAGAAUCCUGUUCCUGGUGGUCAUAAUCAGAAUUUACCAGGUCCUAGUAACCAGCAUCAACAUGCUCCAGGUCCUAGUAACCAGCAUCAACAAGCUGCAGGUCCCAGUAACCAGCAUCAACAAGCUGCAGGUCCUAGUAACCAGCAUCAACAAGCUGCAGGUCCCAGUAACCAGCAUCAACAAGGUCCAGGUUUUAGUAACCAGCAUCUAAAUCCUGGUGUAUUACCAAACCGUAGAUCACUGGACGAUAUUCCACCAAAACAGCAGAAAAAAAUAGCAUGUGGUAAACAAGGAUCAACACCUCAAAGUUGUUUUGACUAUUAUGCAUUUUCUAUGUUUUGGUCACCUACUAUUAUUCAUUCAACACACAUAAGAAGAGCAGCACCUGUGCCAAGAGAAGAUAAAUGGACAGUCCAUGGAUUAUGGCCAAACAAACAAGGUUUGAUAACAACUCCGCCGAAAGCCUGUGAUGUCAGGAAUAUGCCUUUUGAUGUUAGUAAAUUGAAUAGGAUAAGACAUCAGUUAGAUAGCGACUGGUUCUCGGUAUCAUCAGACAAUGAACAUUUCUGGCAACAUGAAUGGGACAAGCAUGGCAAGUGUGCUGCACGUUCGAUAUUUAUCAAUGACCUUGAGGGUUACUUCAAAAAGGCACUUAGUUUGGGAAAUACAUAUAGAUUUGGAGAUAUUUUGCAUCGAGCAGGUUUUGUUCCUGGAGCUACAAUGACUUUACAACAGAUAUAUGAUACUAUUUCUCAUCAUUAUAGUAUGCCAGAAAUUAUAACUUGGAAGGACACGGCAAAUGACUUAACUUAUUUGAAAGAAAUAAGAGUAUGUUUAGAUCAUCGGUUCAAACACACGAGUUGUCCAGUGAGGCUUCCAGACCCCACCGCUAUGGCUCAAGAUAUUACUUAUUUGUCAAUUUCUUCAGUGCCUUAAGUAACAAUAGACAAAACUUGGUGACUAAGACUGCUGUCAGCCUCUAUCACAAUUCAUUAUUUAAUAAAAAAAAAUAUAUAUAUUAUUUUCCUUAUAAAAGUAGAAAAUAAAAAUAUACCAUCAAAAUUA